AGAGAGUGUUGGACUAGUAGACGAACGGUUGACAAUCAGGUGAUUUAGAGGUGGAUUAUUAGAACAGAGUUCAACAAGAUAUGGAUUUGAUUUUAGCGUGGGCGGUGCUGUUGCAAUAUUGCUUCAUCACGUCAGCUGCAGAGACAGCAAUCAACUGCAAAAAGCCCCUUGAUCCCUUGGAUGGGCAAUGUUCUGGAAACUCUUAUCGGUACCAGGAAGUGGCUCAGUGUACAUGCAAUGCCGGAUACUUCAUGAUAGGCAGCAGAGAGAUAACAUGCAACAAUAGAGCUCUGUGGUCUCCAUCUCCACCACAAUGCCAAAGAGUCUAUUGUCCUAACUUGCGGUAUGAUACAACUCGUUUAUCGUUGAGCAUCAAAAGAAGUAGACAAGCAAAGAGAUGCUCUACGAGAAAAUAUUGCGUAGGAGAUAUCAUUACUUUCUCGGCUCUUCCCGGGUACUACCUACAAGGUAGAUCUUACCUUGCAUGCCUGCAGCAGAAAUCGACCUAUCAAAGCAGGGGCAACUGGAAUGUCAGCAAACCACCGCAGGCUUUAGCGUUCAACUGCAGAAAACCCAUUGAUCCAAUCAAUGGACGAUGUUCAGGAAACUCCUAUCGCUAUCAGGGAGUUGCUCGGUGUAGAUGUGAUGUUGGAUACUACGUACAAGGCCGAAGAGAUAUAACAUGCAACGCUAGAGCAAACUGGUCUCCACCUCCACCAACAUGCAAAAGGAUCUAUUGCCCGGAACUGACGUAUAAUACACCUCGUUUAUGGACAAAAGUGAAAAGCUGUUCUGCGGGAAGGUUUUGCGUGGGCGAUAUGGUUACGUUCGUGCCUCGUCCUGGUUACUACAUGAAAGGUAGCUUUCACCUCAAAUGCUUGUCACAGACAUCAAUCUACGAAAAGACAGGCAACUGGAAUUCCAGCCAACCACAAACAUUUGAAAAGACGUGCCCUCCUGUGCCCUCAAAGAUCAACAACAGAUCUGUUCAUGGCAAGAAGUCUACAGUUCAUUCAACAGUCACAUUUACAUGCUCAGAUGGCUACGAGUUAAUAGAUGGCGAUUCUAGAAUAUUUUGUAUGUCGACUGGACAGUGGAGUGGAAAACAACCAAGGUGUCAACACGUUUGCGCUAAGCUCGAGACACAAAUCGGAACUGCUCAACAUUGCGUCGUUCGAAACGAAAGGGCAGAAAUAGUUUGCCUAGAAGCAUCUCAAUGCCCGUCAGAUUUCACUCCGGUGUGCUCUAGUGAUGCAGAAACUCACAACAACGUAUGUCUUAUGAAAAUUGCCGGCUGCAAAAAGUACGGUGCUAGAGACACAACGACGGCUGUAGCUAAAGGACAAUGUCGUUAUGGUGGAGUUUGUACUGAAUCUCAACCGAGAUCUCCUCCUGGAAAUGAGUGUAGAGCCACUGCUUAUCGAUAUUAUUACAAUACUGCAACAUCAGAGUGCGAAAGGUAUGCUCACGGACUGUGCUACAAAGGACACAACAGUUUCUUUACAUUGGACGAUUGCAAAGACCUUUGCGUCAAAGCUAAUCCUUGCUUAUCUGCAAUGGAUCCUGGCUUGUGCAAAUUCCGUCAGCUACGUUAUUAUUACAACGUGACAGAAGAAAAGUGCAAGGAAUUCUACUAUUCAGGCUGUUUUGGAAACGAAAACAAUUUUGUGACAAAGUCGGCAUGCGAAGCUAAAUGCAACAGCGUUCGCGCCACUCAUGUAAACGGAAAAAUUGUUGUUGGCAAUUUCUAUUAUCCAAAUUUUGUGCUGUACUUGUGUGAUUACGGAUACCAAAUACUUUCCGACAACAGGACUAGAAAAGGUAACGAAACAGGAAAAAGAACAGGCAUUGCGCCCUUGCGCAGAGGUGUUUGUGAAGUCGCAAGUAUUAAUUGUUCUAAUGCUGAGAUUUGUGCAGUGGAUGGCGACGGCAGUGCAACGUGUACAUGCAAAUCUCGGUCUGCUUGUCCAUUGGACGUCAGACCUGUCUGCGGUUCUGAUGGGCGAACCUAUCUAAACGCAUGUUUACUGGAAGUGGAGUCAGGCCUGUUUGGAUUACUAAGCCCGAUUAGUCGUGGAGCGUGUGUGUUCUCCUGUCAUGUCUGCCAUUCCAAUGCUGAUUGUGUUGAAAAUACCAACUGCAGAUGCAAACCUCGUUUCGUCGGAGACGGGAGGGAAUGUUGUUUUGAAGGUCUACUUUUACUCAAUAUCUUGGUGGCGUUACUUGGAUCUGCAGCAUGGUUCGAUUGCCAAGAAUCGUGCCAUCUUCCGUUUAGUUCUACUCAAUGGUACUUGAAUGGUCAACUUCUACACCACUUAGACACUAAAUCUAGAUUUGUGGUUUCAAUAAAUGGACGAGGACUUUCCAUUGUAAAACUGAAAUUAGAAGACGCUGGUCAGUAUACAUGCAAGGUAACCAACAACGGGAUGACUUACGAACGACAUGGAUAUCUGGAUGUCAUUGAUCUAACCAAGCAAUUUUCGGCAAUUUCUCAAUGUUCAUCUGAUUGUGGGAAAAGCUGCGCAAGAAAGCCAUUUGUUGCUGGAGGCGACACGACUAGUCCUGGUGAAUUCCCAUGGCAAGCAAUGCUGUGUUCUCCUCGGUUGGGACAACAUUGUGGAGGAGUUCUCAUUUCAGAGAGAUGUGUGCUAACAGCAGCACAUUGCUUAAAGUAUUACAGCACUAAUAGAAAGACCGUCACAGUUUGCUUGGGCAAACAUUGUGGCAAUUGCUCCGAAUCUGAUUCUUUAUCCAAUUCCGUUUGUUCCAAUUCUUCGUCGAUAAUCAUACAUCCAAAUUUUAAUCAAACUUCUUUCGAUCAUGACAUCGCCGUUUUGAAACUUGCUCGUCCAAUUAACUGCAACUGUCGAACGAUCAUGCCAGUGUGUCUACCAGACAAGACAAGAGAUUCGUCAUACAUCCGUGCUCAACAAAACGGCAUCGUCACUGGAUGGGGUCGUGUCAAUUCGACUGUCAGCAGAUCUAGAUGUUUACGUAAAGGAGAUGUCAGGUUAAAAUCUCGCCGUCUUUGUCAAAUAAAGCAUCAAGGUUACCAAAUAACUGAGAACAUGCUGUGUGCUACUGAUUACAACGGUGCCUGUGAAGGAGACAGUGGCGGACCUCUGGUGGUAAAAAACAGAAAGCUUAGAGGUCGCUAUGUGUUGGCAGGAGUUGUAAGUUGGGGAAUCGGUUGUGGCGAUAAGACGAAGUUUGGAGUCUACACAGAUGUGAUCAGUCAUCUUGACUGGAUCAAGUCAACUUGUGGCAUUAAUUGAAUAUUGCAGUUCAUAGAGAUUAUCUCCAUACCAAGGAAAACCAAAAACUUUGAUUUUCUUUCUGCUGGUUGCAUGUUUGCAUUCGACUGUUUAGACGUAGAAAUGUUAUUGAAUUGUCAAAACAAGAAUAUAGCAAUGUAUUCGCAAAGCAGACUUACUGGCUCUAUAAAUUAUAAAAAUGAUGAUCUU